CAUUCUUCAGGGGAGGUGCUGAGUCUCAGCUAAUCCCCACCCACCCCCUGCUGCAUGUGAUAGAGGAGAAGCAGACAGCAGCCGCUGCUGAAAUAUAUCUCCUUCCCACCGAGGCACCGUCUUGACCAGAAAAGAAGCUCCGCUCUGAUUGUCCGCGCCUCUCUUAAGUAUGGAAGUCCCAGCUAAGGAGGGCAUGCUGUAUCUUCAGGUUGUCAAAUUUGGCAAGAAGAACUGGAAGAGGAUCUGGAUGAUGCUGUUCCCCGCCAGCUCCUCGGGCAUCGGCCGCGUGGAGCUGUACGUCGUGCGAGACGGCCAGAUGAAACCGGGGAUCUGGAAGGCAGGCAGGAGGGUGAUCCGGCUGGCCGACUGCCUCAGUAUUUGCCCCGCACCGGAAGAGAGCUGCCCCCCAGAUCAUGUGGCCUUCUACCUGAACACCACCCAGCGCACCUACGCACUGGCCGCCGAGUCCCACGAGGACUGGGUCCCCAGGAUCUGCCAGCUAGCAUUCCAGUGGAGUGAUGGAAACCAGAAGUGGAGCAGAAAUGAGGAAAUGCUGAUGGAGGAGAAUGAAUUGUACUCUUCAUGGAAAACAGUCCAGUACAAAGUCAGCAUCCAGAAGACAGAAGCAGCAGUGCGAUGUAAUCUUUCAGGACCCUACCUACUGUCCCUCAGAGAUGAUGCCAUUUACUUACUGGACCCUGUGACAUCACAAACUAUCUACCAUUGGCCGUAUCCAUUUCUUAGGCGCUAUGGCCAAGACAAGGAUACAAUCACUAUUGAGGCUGGACGGCGAUGUCAGUCAGGAGAAGGUCACUUCACAUUUCUGUCCAAAGAUGUGGCACAGAUCUACAGGAGCAUUGAAGAAGUUAUCGCCAGGCACCGUGCCACCACUGCAGAACCAAUGGCCGGCUCUAAACCCCCCACUACCAAAGUUUCUGGCAAGACGAGAGACCAGAUGGAUUCCCUGCCCAGUUGUCCAGACAAAACCCUUCCUACACUACCACCUAGAAACGUUGUUCUUCCAGACAUCACUGGCAUAUUUCCUCUGCAGCAAGCCAGUUAUCCCCUAUCUUUCCCAGAGACAAUGGAGUACUCCAUUUUACAAAUACCCACUGGAGAGAGACAGUCACACGCAGUGCUGAGGACAAAAGACGAAAAAGAGUGGCUAGUAGAAGAGACCACAUGUGACUACAAGGAGGAGGAGAGACUUUGCUCCCUUGAGAGCAUUUGCCUUGACGACACAAUCGACGAUGCAUUUACGAAGAAGCCUCCUCUGAAUUACAAAGCAAAGGGCAGCUUGGAUGAAGGAGAUCUGGAGAAGUGCAGCAGCUCAGAAUAUCAGAAUUCUGUGGCAAACUCCCAAUCAACAAGCAGAAAUGAGAACUCGGAGGAGGGCAGUGUGAGUCAUUUAAGUGAAACCACACCCAUUGUUACCACCACUGAGAUCCCUGUUGACUUCAAGGAAAGGCUCUCAAACAUCCUAUUCAAGGACCUGGCCAAGAUCCAGACGCCACUCUGAAUUAAGUAUACUGAUACGGCCAAGACAUUUUGCUAUCAAGACAAGGAGAAGGAAGAACUGGGUAACUAAAAAUGUGAGAUCUGGACUUUUAGAACCACUGCCAUCCCAGCCAUAGUGACCUUCUGCCUAUGGCAGCUGAAAUGGAUGGAUGUUUUCAAAGAUGUGGUACAGCAGACUAAAUGUGGAUUCUUAGUUUGCUGAAACUGCUUUUAUAUACAUGUGAAAAAAACACAGACGUGAAGCACCCCAAAUCUGAUGGCCAAACCACCAGGUUUUCUACCUCACAGACUUUGGGGGUGCUGUCUAGACAGGAGAACUACCGGUGUGGUGGAGAUCAAAUUUAGUACGGAUGGCUGGCAAAAUUGGGGGGAAAAAAUCAGAUAAACCGCACAAUGGUGUGUUUCCGAUAACGAUGACUCUUGUCGUCUUAUUCUCGAUAGAUAUAUCUUACAAAAGGUAUUUCUUUUCCUACAUCCGUUUACUUAACAAUCUCUUAAAAGAUUAAGGGAGAGCUUCUUAAGAGCGACCUUAACAGGCGCCGGAACACCUGAUUGGUUGACAUCGAUGGCUCGAGAGUCGAUUAUUCCCUCCAUGCAGCCUCCUGAGUGGUGUUCUCUAUAAAUAUAACAAUGCAGGAAUGCUUCAAAAUAUUGCAUUAAUUAGAACUGCUGAGAACCUAAAAAUAAAAUAGAAAGUUAAAUUGAAUCAUCAAACCGUAAAUAUGAUUUUUGCUGACUGGGUGCAUGAACCCCCCUCCCCAGAUUGUAGUAUCACCAGUUUAUUUUUAUUUGUUCUAUAAAACACCUGCAUGCCCCAAUUUGUGUGCAUGUCAUUGAUCCGGGGACGAGUAAUGGCCCAAUAGCCGAAAGAAAAGUUGCGUACUACUAACAUAAGAGAAUGUCCUAUUUUUGGAGGAAAUAUAUUAGAUAUAUUAAAUAUAUUAGUAAAUGUACCUGCAAUUUUUUUUUAUAUACUGUGGCACAUUGGAGAGGUGUGUGCAUUCUAGGGGUGUCGGAAACUGGAGGAAAGCGCCCACCCUAACAUCGGCAAACCCCCAAGUUCCCAAUUAAUAAAUAAAUUCAUGAUCAACAGCGCGCUUCUUAUCUAUCUUUAUGAAUCCGCGCGUCACUGAGGACAAUUCGCUGUGCACUCAGAGCGCAAGGACCAAACCUAACAAAGAUUGUAGUCAUAUAUCAGACAAAAUCAUUUAACACAUGGAUCAGUUAUUUUUAAGUGAUGUUUGGUUAUUAAAUUGUACCGUUAACUAUGUUAGUCUUAUUUUAAAUCAGCGGUAUGAGCCGACAACAGCGAUGAGCGAGUUGAGAGGCUCAGACCAUGCUUACGGAAGAUAUAGCCUACUUCACUACGAACGUUUCAGGAAAAACGUUGGAGCGUCAAGAGACAAACUUAGGAAGGACAUAGCGCUAAGAAGGUUCCGGGAAAAGCACCACAAAACUAAAAGCAAAGGAACAUUAGAAAAGGACAAGUACAAAGACUGACAUGAGCGCAAGGCACCAGGAGCAACAGGACUGAGCCCGAAUCAAAGGGCUCUUAGCACUGGCGUGCACAGAUAGAGACGAGGUGGUGCUGAAGCACUUGCCCUUUUGCCCUCAGUCCAAAAAAGUGCCCUUUUGAAAGACGUGAUUUUUAUUUUUUUUUUAAAGCUGCGCGAUUUAAAAAGGUGUGAAAAUAAUGGCUUGAUUUGUGCCCCUUCUUCAAAGACACCCGAACCCUGUCGCUUUUUCACUGUCACCGUGUCACGUGAACACGCUUGCAGUUCAUUUGUUGUGGGGCGUGUAGCAGCGGCAUGACAUAGGACUACUUGGAGUAGGCAUAGUAGGCUAACUAAAGCGACUGGGAGCCACGGCGGACAACACGGCAGCUCUUUCCCUUCCCAACCAGUCAGGUAACCCAUGAAUCGAGUGAAAUUAUUCUGUUUGCCCUCUAAGACCAACCUGCGAUUGUUUUGUUGUGAAGUAGCCUGUCAGAAACUGCACAUGACAAACUUUGCCAGCUUGCCCCCUCCAUCCAUCCAUAUGGAUAAACAAAAAAACGACACAUUUAAAAUGUAACCUAAACCAUUUAGGCAACCCCACUCUCCAUCAAUUCCGACCUUUUUGCAUACACUAUUGAAAAUAUCACGUUAUGCUAUAGGCUACAUGCCGUUAGGCAGAGGGCUCUUUUGAGCCCAUUUUUCGUUACAAAUUUUAGGAUGAUCUCACGGAAAUCUGUGAAUAAAUACAAAGUUUUCAAACUGAAGUCAGUGACGGGAAGACAUCACACUUUUUAGAGAUGGAACUGCAGAAAAACCUAAAACCUUGACAUGAUUAUGAAUAAUAGAAUUAUGGACGUUUCUCCGUUUUUGUGGAUUAGCCUUUCCAUAACUAACGUCAACUACUGUCCUACUUUGGUAAGAUUGAAAUUAAUGUCUUUGACUGUCUUUAGUAGGUGUGAUUUUUGAUUUUUAGAGAAUGUUUUGAAAUAAAAGUCAAAUUGCAUUUAA